CUAUUUUGGUCGACUGCGAGCACUAGCUAGCAUCUCUCGGUAGUUACACUCGGUGCGGCCGUUUCUACAACACAGCACUCUAGAGCUAGCGUGUCGGUGCGAGGAACCAUGUUGCGAUUGCUGUCCACGCUUUCUCUCCUCGUGGUACUGCACGUGGGCAACGGACAAGACAACCAUCCUCCUUCAUUUCAAACGCCUUACUAUUUCAAGCAGUUUGCUGAGCACAGCAUAGUUGGUACCACUGUGCUCACAGUGAGCGCCACAGACAUCGACGUUAAUGACACACUGGUCUAUGCAUUGGUUACCGGAAAGGCAGACUUCAACAUCGAUGGCAGCAGUGGGAUCAUCACUGCCAAACGUGAAUUUGAUAGAGAGAAAGUCUCCAGCUACGUAUUUACAGUUUCAGUAUCUGACGGUGUCACUCGACCAUUUACAGAGCAGACGUCUGUUCAUGUCUUGAUCACCGACAUAAACGACAAACCUCCUGUUUUUGUAAAUACACCCUACUCCGUGACACUAUCUGAGAACACCAACACUGGUCUGACUGUUUUAAGCGUUCGAGCUACAGAUGCUGAUCAGGGUAUAAACAGUCGUGUUCAGUACAAAAUCAUAUCAGGCGACAAGGAUGGUCACUUUCGUAUUUCUCUCUAUACUGGUGAUAUCACGCUUGAGAAAUCAUUAGACUAUGAGUCACAAGCAAGUACUUUGGUGUUGACUGUGCAAGCUUCUGAUUUGGGCAGCUCGCCUCUUACUGCUAGUUUGAGUGUAAACAUACACAUUACGGAUUUUGAUGAUCAGGGACCCAAGUUCGCUCAGUCGGCGUAUUCUAAGAUGAUUCAAGAAAAUCUGAAUGUUGGUACGUCUGUGUUGACCGUGUCUGCGUUUGAUCAAGACAAGGGAUCGGGACAAAAUCAUCGCGUGUCGUACUCUAUAUCGUCAGGAAACGAUGGAAAUGCCUUCUCAAUUGACUCGUCAUCCGGGCGUCUGACAGUGGGGAGACACAUUGAUAGAGAAACACACGCCGCUUACAAUUUGAUCAUUGAAGCAGAGGAGCUAGGUAGCAGUCAGGCACCUGUUAGUGUGAGGACGGUAGUUACAAUCUUGGAUACAAACGACAAUCCUCCCGUAUUCCAGCAAACCAAUUAUUCGGCGAGCCUUCGCGAGAACGCACAAGUACUGUCAAUCGUCAUUCAGGUUGUUGCAGAUGACAACGAUACGGACACAACCUAUAAGUUGUUGACGUACGACUUCAAUCCGCCUACGGACAAAAACAGACCGUUUUUGAUUCAUCCAUCUACAGGUGUGAUAACACUGACAUCGGCACUUGAUUAUGAGUCGGGCAUUUCUGCUUACUCAUUUCAGGUGACAGCAACCAAUGUGGCGGCUCCAAAAGCUUUCGAUACAGCCUACGUUGUCGUGAAUAUUAUUGAUAUUAAUGACAACAAUCCAAUCUUUGGCAAAACCGUGUUUGCCGGCAAUCAAGACGAAGAGACGCCUGCAAACACUUUCAUACUCAGGGCUAUAGCUAGUGAUGCAGAUAGUGGAGUUUUAGGCCAGUUGUCAUACUCGAUUGUUGCUGGAAAUGACAAUCAGCGGUUUGUCAUAAACAGCACGACGGCCGAUAUCAUGAACGCAGUGAAGCUAGAUCGUGAGGUUCAAGAGUCGUACACUCUGACUGUACAAGCUAUAGAUUCCGGACCGAAUAAACGAACGGCCAGAGCAGCUGUGAAUAUUGUCGUUAACGACAUCAACGAUAAUGCUCCACAGUUUGCUGACAAUAGCGUCACCGUCAGAAUCGCUGAAAACAAUCAAGUUGGCAGUCAAGUAGCUGCAUUUUCGGCAACAGAUAGUGAUGCUGGAAACAAUGGUGCUCUUACAUACAAGAUACUGGCCGGAAAUACGGGGAACGCGUUUGAAAUUGCCGACUCUUCCAAAGGUAUUGUGACUGCUCGCGUCGGUCUGGACUAUGAAACGUCUCAGUCGUACACGUUGACGAUUGAAGUACGAGACGGCGGUCCAAACGGUGGAAUGGCGGAUAACGGCACGUUGACAGUCAACGUUGAGAACCGGAAUGACAACACACCUGUGUUCUCGUCGUCGUUUUAUAACUACUCGGUACUUGAGAAUCGAAUGAAUACCGUGGUUGGUAGCGUGUCGGCAACUGACGCGGACGGAGACGCUUUCAGUUUUGGCCGAGUUGUUUACAGCCUUGCUGGAGUUUACAGUAGCAGGUUUAAUAUUGGGUCGAAGACGGGCCAGAUUACUACCAAAGUGGCUGUCGACCGCGAAGAUGCGUACGGUGACGUGUACAAUCUCUUGGCAAUCGCUGAAGACGAAGCAACAGAGCACAGACGCCGAACCACCGCGGACGUUACCAUUCACGUAUUAGAUGAGAACGAUAACUACCCAACGUUCAGUUCUACAUCCUAUUCAGCCUCAAUAACAGAAGAAUCUCUACACCCGGAUUUUGUCACCGUUACUGCUACUGACCCGGAUAAGGGAGAGAAUGGCAAGGUGACUUACAACCUGACUGCUGGCGAUACCGACUCUCUCUUCUCUAUUGACGCUAGCACCGGCAGAAUCUCCGCCACUGGUAAACCAGAUAGAGAAGGUUUGGGUGCGAGCUACAAGUUAACCGUGAGGGCUAGCGACGACGCUAAAUUGCCUAAAACUUCUACUGCAACCGUUUCAGUGUCUAUUACGGAUGUUAACGACAACAACCCCGUGUUCGAUUUACUUCAGUAUCGGUCUACAAUCAGCGAGAACGAUCUCAUCGGUAACGAGGUGGUGCGCGUGCGCGCGACAGAAAAAGAUGUCGGUCUAUCUGCCACUAUUACGUACAACAUCACGGCCGGUGUUCCGUCUUCUAGUAAGUUUUCGAUCGAUACGGGGACGGGAUCUGUGACAACUAAAGGAACUAUUGACUACGAGAGUGACGCGCAUAUCUACAAUCUUACGGUGACAGCCACUGACGGAUUGGGACGGCAGGGAACGUGCACGGUGCUAAUUUUCAUCACAGAUUACAACGACAACGCACCAGUCUUCACUCAGUCUCUUUACACGAAAUCCAUUCGCGAGAACAUGCCAACUACAUCAUUUGUAACAAACGUAUCAGCGACCGAUGGCGAUACCGGUAGCAGCAUCAACAGACAACUUGUCUAUUCUAUUCUCGGUGGUGCCGGUAACACAUUCAGCAUCCACUCGCUAACGGGCGACAUCACCGUUCUCUCUCCGCCCGACUACGAAACGAAAAAAAUGUACACUCUCGACAUCCAAGCAAAAGACCAGGCGAACCCCGCUUCGAGCCGGCUCGCGGGUGUGUCAAAAGUGGAAAUCACAAUUACAGACGAAAACGACAACACGCCGACAUUUGAUGGUUCGUACGCCUUCAGUGUCGUCGAGAGCGCAACAGUUGGAGAGUUGGUCGGCGCCGUGUCGGCGUCCGACCUCGACGAUCCAAACGUCAACGACAACGGCGUCGUUACCUACAGCCUGACAGGAAGCGACGAUUUUGUAAUUGGCAAUAAGACGGGUCAUAUCAGUGUGGCAAAGCUACUGGACUACGAAGUGAAAUCUUCUUACGAUCUAACGGUGACGGCAACGGACGGCGGAGGAAAAUCGAGCAGCACGCCUGUCAAGAUCACGGUGAUCGAUGUCAAUGACAAUCCGCCUAAGUUCGCGCAGUCCAGUUACACAGCAACGAUCAACGAAAACGUCCCUCUAGAUCAUUCGGUUGUACAGGUUUCUGCAUCUGAGAAAGACACGGGGAAAGUGAUCGCGUACUCUUUGAGCGGCGGAGAUGGGCGUUUUCAUAUCGUUUCAACCACCGGUCAGAUACUGACCGCCAACUCUAUCGAUUACGAAACGGCAAAGAAGUACACUUUCCAGGUGACGGCCAGUGAUGACGGCAAUCCGCCUCGUAACUCUUUCGUGCCUGUUACGGUAACCGUCAAAGACUUGAACGACAACGAUCCGUUGUUUGCUCAAACGAGGUAUACGGCGACCCUGAAAGAAGAACUGCCGGGCGGACAGGGUGUUGUGAAGGUGUCUGCAAGUGACAAGGAUAGUUCUACCAACGCAGACGUUUCGUACGCAAUAAUCGACGGCGUCGGCAAAUUUAGAUUCACGAUUGACUCUCGGACAGGCUCUAUUUCUACCACAACGUCACUUGAUCGCGAGACGCAAGACUUGUAUAGCCUCACUCUACAAACGAAAGACGGCGGAUCGCCUCCUCGGGCCACCAACGCGACGCUGAUCGUAACGGUUGAAGACAUCAAUGAUAACUCACCGUAUUUUGAUCCGUCGACUUAUUCAAAAGUUAUGUUGGUCGAGAAUACGGCGAUCGGAACGAGCUUUCUCACUGUAACAGCCAAGGAUGCCGACAUUGGCGUAAAUCAGAAAAUUGCGUAUAGUUUGAACGGAGGUGAAGGUCGCUUUCAGGUGAACCAAACGUCGGGCGAGCUGACGACUCUAUCAUCUCUCAAUCGCGAGACGACUAUUGAUUACACAUUGACCGUGACUGCCAGGGAUUCCGGACUCGUACAGAAAUCGGCAACGGUCGAUAUAGCAGUGACUGUUACAGACGUGAACGACAAUGCGCCUGCUUUUACAAAGUCUGUCUACUCCGGUGCCGUCGUCGAAGGAUCGCCUAACGGCACGGUCGUCUCUAAGGUAUCGGCAACGGACAGCGACGACGGUGACAAUGGCGUAGUCGUAUACUCGAUUAUCGGUGGAAACGGCGGAGGCGAAUUUCGUGUGAGUUCGAACGGACAAAUUCUGACGACGUCCGUCGAUUUAGAUCGAGAAACAAAGCCUUCGUAUACGCUCACCGUCGAGGCCAGCGACAAGGGUACGCCGCCUAAAUCGAUUACUGUUCCGCUCCAGGUGACGGUGACGGACGCGAACGACAACAAACCGGUUUUCUCCGCUAGCAAAUACGCCAGCACCGUCAGCGAGCUGUCACUGAUCGGCACGACCGUGUUGUCGGUGACGGCGACGGACGUUGAUUUGGGAAACAACGCCGCCAUCGUCUACUCGUUCGCCGAUCCGAGAUCCGUCAACGUCACGUCGUUUUCCAUCGACGCUUCGAGCGGAUCUAUAAAGACGACGAAGACGCUGAAUGCGGAAGUCAUUAAGGAGUACACGUUUGAUGUGAGGGUGACCGACAAAGGUCUCGUACCGAGGAGUUCGGAUGCGACCGUCGUGGUGACGGUGCGGGAUGUCAACGACAACGAUCCGGUAUUUAAUCAGACUAUCUACCGCGCUAAUGUAUUUGAAAACAACGCGGCGGGAACGUCGGUGACGACCGUACUCGCGACGGAGAGCGAUACGGGCGACAAUGCCAAGAUCUCCUACUCGAUCACGUUUGGAGACUCAAGCAAGAAGUUUCUCAUUAAUGCAAUUUCGGGUGCAAUAACAACGACUGGAACUUUGGAUAGAGAGACGGUGUCGCUCUAUACGCUUACCGUGACGGCAACCGACAGUGGAUCGCCACCGCGUUCUGGACAGUCGACCGUGGAAGUCAAAGUGUUGGAUACGAACGACCAGAGUCCGAAGUUCGAGUUCAGUCUCUACACCAAGACCGUUCCAGAAGGUACAGCUGCUAUAGGAACGGUGGUGACGACAGUGUCGGCCAGCGAUGCCGACUUGGGACAGAACAGCAAAGUGUCAUACUCGAUCACUAGUGGUAACUCGGACGGUGUGUUCUCGAUUGCCAAUGCGGCAGUGGGAAACAUCACGACAGUGAAGGCAAUGGACAGAGAAGCGACACCGGACAGUCCUGCUUAUACACUAACGAUUACAGCUACAGAUGGUGGAACGAGUGGUCUGACGGGAACGACGGAAGUGCAAGUGACGGUAUCGGAUAUCAACGACAAUACGCCGCAAUUCGUCAACGCUCCGUAUUCCGCCGCGAUCGCGGAGAAUCUGUCUGGCGGAUCGUCGGUCGCGCACGUCUCCGCGACCGACGACGACGCGGGAACGAACUCUGCUAUCGUCUACAAACUAGAAAAGGCGACGCCGUCGUCGGGCAUGACACAAUUCGAGCUUGACAGCGAUAGCGGGUUAUUGCGAACGAAACCGGUUAGUUUGGAUUACGAGAUGAUCAAAUCGUACACAUUCGAAGUGAGUGCAUCCGACAAGGGAUCGCCAUCAAAAACGGUGACGACAACAGUCAGUGUAACUAUAAAAGAUGUUAACGACAACGAUCCCAUCUUUAUCGGUUUGCCUUAUAAGAAGACGUUGGCGGAAGGACCGAGCAGUGAUGGCACCACCAUAGUUACAAUAUCUGCAUCGGAUGAGGACUCCGGUUCACUCGGCCUCGUCCGUUACUCAAUCACGUCCGGCAACGCCGCAGGGCACUUCGCAAUCGAUUCGUCUAGGGGAGUCAUAAUGACCACAGAGGCUCUAGACUAUGAGUCUACUCGCGCUUACACACUGACAGUGACGGCGCAAGAUCAAAAUGGCACCGUCGGUUCGAAUGUAAUUACACGUUCAGCAACUACUUCUGUUUCUAUCACGGUGACGGAUGUUAAUGACAACGCGCCCGUCUUUAACCUGUCGUCGUACUCAGCCGUCGUUUCGGAAAGCAGUCUGAUCGGCGUUGAGGUGGUGACGCUUACCGCCAGCGAUCGAGACAGUAGCAGCAACUCGCAACUCGUAUACAGCAUCAUGAGCGGCAACACAAACAGCGACUUUGCCGUCGAUUCGAUUAAGGGCAAGGUUACCGUCGCAAAGAGUCUCGACAUUGAAAGGACCGAUCGCUAUGUCCUGGAAAUGUCCGUCAGAGACAAAGGAACGCCGCCAAUGAAUUCGACGACAACCGUUCAGAUCGAAGUCGCCGACGUCAACGACAACGCUCCCGUAUUCGGUCGAAAUCAGUAUUCGGUCGAUUUGAACGAGGGUCCGUACGUCGGAACGGCGGCCAAUACGGCCGUCACGACGGUGUCGGCCACCGACGCUGACCUGGGCGCGAACGGAGACGUGAGCUACAACAUCACUUCCGGAGACAAGGAAAAGCUAUUUACAAUCGACACAAUGUCUGGCAAGAUAACCGUGACGGGAACACUCGAUCGUGAAACGACGUCGUCUUACGAUCUUACAAUCGAGGCGGCCGAUCGCGGUUUGGUCAAAUUAACCGGCACGACUCACGUUCUCAUCCGGCUUCUCGAUAUCAACGACAACACGCCGCAGUUCGUGGAGACGUCCUACCGCGGCACGAUCAACGAAAACGCGGAAUCGAACAAAAUCGUGGAUCUGCCGAUAAGGAUCAAAGCGAUCGAUAACGACAUCGGAAACAACAAGGUGGUGCGUUUCUCGCUGAGCGGCACGUCGAGUGGAAACUUCUCGAUUAACUCGUCGACGGCCGUCGUGACGACGAGCGACGACGUCAGUUUGGACCGCGAGACGGUCGACUCAUAUAGUCUGACCGUCACCGCGACGGACCUCGGCGGUCUCAGCUCGUCGGUACCUUUCACGGUCACGGUGACGGACGAGAACGACAACAACCCGUUUUUCGAUCCCAACGUGUACAAGCCGAAUAUUCUCGAGAACGCGACGGUCGGUUUCGUCGUGACGACCGUGACGGCGUCGGACGCCGACGUCGGGGCGAACGGGCAGAUCCACUACGGCGUCUUGUCGGGAUCGGGCGGUAAGUUCCGAGUCGAUCCGACGACGGGCGUCGUGACGGUCGACGACGUUCUGAGUCGCGAGCUGCAGGAGCAAUACGUGAUGAACGUUAGCGCGACGGACGGCGGAUCGGCGCGACGUCUCGGUUUCGCGACGGUGACCGUCACGCUUGUUGAUAUCAACGACAACACUCCGGUGUUCGAGCGGCAAGGGUACACGGUGGACGUAUUGGAGAACGCGACGAUCGGAUCGUCCGUCGUGACUGUGAAAGCCACCGACGUCGACGACGGCGUGAACGGAGAUUUGAGUUAUGAGAUAGUGAGCGGUGACGCGUCCAAGUUUGCGGUACAUCGAGACACUGGGGAAGUCACGAUCGUCAGUCUGGUCGAUCGCGAGUCGAUUUCAAUUUAUAUUUUGACUAUCCGCUGCUCCGACGACGGCGCGCCGAAGCGUUGGGCGACGACGACAGUUAAAAUCGUCGUACUUGACGUCAACGACAAUCCGCCGAUAUUCUCGAGACAAGUCUACACGACGUCGUUAGUCGAGACGGUAGCAAACGGCUCGAUUAUUCUCGUCGUCGCUGCGUCGGAUGCCGAUCUGGGAAGGAACAGAAUGAUCGAGUACUCACUGCCGAGCAAUACGUCACUCUUUAGUAUCGAUAAUCCUUCCUUUGGAGCAAUCUCGUUAAAAGGCAACCUUGAUCGUGAAUCGAGAGAUAGUAUUACGUUUACUGUAAUUGCGAGAGAUCUCGGUGAGCCGGCGCGAUCGGCUAUUGCGACGGUGAGAGUCGAUGUGCUCGAUACGAACGAUAACAAUCCGGUUUUCUCGAUGAUUACUUAUCGGACGUCGGUGAAGGAGAAUAUGCGACCGGGAGUGUCGCUCGUUACUGUCAACGCGACGGAGAAGGAUAUUGCAGUUAUUACGUACUCGAUCACGGCUGGUAACAACGACGGUCUGUUCGAAAUCGAUACCGCGUCGGGACUGAUCUCAACCAAUACUUCUUUGAACAGAGAACAGACCGCUCUAUACAUUCUGACUAUCACAGCAAUGGACGAUGAUCCCGUACAGCCACGAACAGGACUAGCAACGGUCGUCGUCAAUAUUUUGGAUGAGAACGAUAAUCCGCCCGUUUUUGUCUUUUCCUGUUACCUUGUUACUCUACUGGAAGACGCUCCCGUCGGUACGGCGCUCGCCAUUGACAGUCUCUUCGCAACAGAUAAAGACAUCAACGAGAACGCCCAGCUUUCUUACUCGUUAGAGGCCGACGGCAACAUCGGAAGUGCAUUCACGCUCAACGGGACGACAAUCGUACUGUCGACGACAACGGAACUCGACAGAGAGACAUUGUCGUCGUAUAAGCUUAAUGUAACGGUUACUGACGGCGGCACACCGCGCAUGUCCGGUAACGCCAUGAUCGUCGUGACCGUCGAAGACGUCAAUGAUCACGCGCCCGUAUUCUCGCAGCCGUCGUAUACGUCGAAAUUUGCAGAGAACGUGUUUGGAGGACACACGGUUGCGACGGUGUCUGCGACGGACGGGGACAUAGGAAUGAACGCCGACAUCACGUUUCACAUUGUCGACGGAUCGGAAGGAAAAUUAAUUAUUGCUCCAUUGUCUGGCGUCGUGACGACGAUUGCCGAGUUCGAUUACGAGUCCGUCUCAAGCUACAACCUCACGGUAAUGGCUAGCGACGGCGGCACGUAUCCUCGAUCCAGAAACUCGACCGUUUCUCUCUACAUCACAAUCCUCGACGUGAACGACAACACUCCCAUCUUUUCCUCUUCCUCCUACUCUUUCUCUCUCUCCGAGAGCACGUCCGUCGGCGCCAGCGUAUUCAACGUCUCCGCCAGCGACCGCGACUCCGGCGACAACUCUCUCCUUCGUUUCAAUCUCACCGACGGCGAUCCAUACGAUCAGUUCGACAUCGACGUCCGCACCGGUCGAAUCGACUUGAUCCGACCUCUCGAUUACGAACACACGACGUCCUAUCGGUUGACGAUCGAGGCGUCGGACGGCGGCGUUCCGUCCCGCACCGCCGUCACUCGCGUCGACGCGACCGUCACCGACUCGAACGACAACCCGCCGGUAUUUGCGUCGUCCGACUACGCUGCCGUCGUGUCGGAAGCGAGCAACAACAUGUCCGUCGUCACGGUCGUGUCCGCCACCGACAGGGACGAAGGCUCGAAUGCGGACAUAAGAUUUAGCAUAACGGACGGAAACGUCAACGGGCAUUUUGGUAUUAAUAGUCGCAGUGGCGAGGUGUCUACAGCAGCUCGGUUGGAUAGGGAGACGCAGGAUUAUUAUUUGUUGACCGUCACAGUGACCGACAGUGCGACUUUACCGCACUCUGUUCACACGACGAUUAAUAUCAAUAUCUCGGACUACAACGAUAAUUCUCCGAUUUUCAAUCCGCUCGACUCGUUUAUAACUAUACCGGAGGAUUUUGAAGUCGACUCGUUUCUGAUCAAGGUGAAUGCGUCUGAUGUCGAUAUAGGCGAUAACGCACGGGUAUCAUACACCAUUACGUCGGGCGACGACGGACGAUUUGCCAUCGACGGAGUGACGGGAGAGGUGAAAACGACGUCGACGUUUGACAGAGAGACGAAGAGCUCGUAUCAGUUGUUUGUGCAAGCUCAGGAUCACGGGGCGACGCAGCAGAACACAGGAUACGGGACAUUGACGGUUACAAUAUCGGAUGUCAAUGAUAACUCCCCGUAUUUCGAACAGUCAACGUAUAGCGGCGUCGUUGAAGAAAAUCAACCAGUGGGAACGUCGAUAUUGGCCGUCGUUGCUAGAGACAGAGACGUGGGGUCUAACCAGUAUGUCUCUUACUCUGUGGUGACGGACGGUGUUCCGUUCUAUGUUGACAAUACAACUGGCUGGAUUUAUACAUCAAAAGAAUUGAAUCGUGAGGCUCGACGUAACUACACCUUUAUUGUGGUGGCCACCAACAGUCGAUCAGAGAUCUUGCUGAAUGAUACAACUCGAGUGUUUGUCAGUGUGCUCGAUGUCAAUGAUAACACACCGACGUUCUCCGCGUCCGUCUAUCGCGUCUCUGUCUCGGAGCUGCUUCCUCAAGGCACCACCGUCGUCACCGUUGCGGCAUCGGAUAUCGACAUUGGCGAGAGUGGCGAGCUUUUCUUUUCCAUAUCGAGUGGUGAUCAGCAGUCUCCGUUCAAUUUUGCAGACGAAAAGAAGGGAGAUAUCGUUAUCGUUAGAUCUCUCGAUAGGGAAACGGUCCCAUUGUAUGAGCUGACUGUCGUGGUUCGCGACAAUGGAGCGAUAAAGAGGACCAGCACGGCCAAGGUUCAAAUCACACUUUUGGAUGAGAACGACAACGCUCCAGUCUUUGUUAAAUCGACAUAUACAUUCUCUCUGAUGGAGAGUGUGAUACUGGACUGGCAGAUUGGUGUAGUAUCAGCUACAGACAAAGAUGAGGGAACCAACAAAGUGAUAGAGUACGAAAUCGUUGAUGGAAACCAGCAGAGAAGGUUUUCGAUUGUGCCGGAUUCUGGAAUUAUCGUACUCGACGCUUCUCUCGAUUACGAGUCAGUGGAGUCGUACACGCUGACUGUGAGAGCGAGCAACAAGAAGGCGGGAGUUCCGCGAGUUACGAUACCGAUUCCAGUCGUGCAGAGUCGACGUCGUCGUGCUUUGAAUCAAAACGAGACGUCGAAUGCUACAGUCUCUUCCACCGUCCCACCUACACAAUCAUUACCGCCAACCGCCGCGGCGGUUGACGACUCGUGGGCUCUCAACUCUUCCGCUACCGUCGUCAUCACCGUUUUGGACGUGAACGACAACGCUCCGAUAUUUGACGAACUGAAUUACGUCGCCGGCGUGCGUGUCGACGCCAGUCUCGACCACCUCGUGAAAACAGUGACGGCACGUGAUCGUGAUUCUGGUAACUUCAGUAUGGUUCGCUACCUCCUUCAAGAUUCAUCUUCCGUCAGCGAAGCUUUCCGAAUCGAUCCUUUGUCAGGCGACAUUUAUACAGCGAGCGCCAGUCAGUUCUUCGAAGACGCGGGUAGUCAUUUCGAUCUCUCUGUGAUUGCCUAUGAUAAUUUUGGUCGCGACAAAAGCCUCAGCGGCAGCACGACAGUUACUAUCUAUAUUUUGACCGAAUCAAAUGAAAUAUUGAUGGUACUAGGGGUCAACGAGGAGCUCGUGAAAACGAAGGAAGCUCUACUAACAAAAAUUCUUGAAAAUGUUACAAACUUUGACAUCAACAUUGAUCUGAUUCAGGCACACAAAGUGCCCACGGGAUACGAUCUAACAAGCACUGACGUCUUCUUUCAUGCUAUUGAUCCAACAACGAAACGCGUCGCCGAAAGAGAAGUUGUUAUCAAGAUAAUCGAAGAUAACUUGGAUCUCAUUUAUCUAUUGCUUGGAGACUUCAAUGUGACGACCGUCGGACAACCACCGGUUGUCGAAGAAGUAAUUGCUAGCGAAAAUGACAGCAUUCUUUAUAUUUUGAUUGGUGUGGUCGGUUGUGUAACUUUCAUUCUCAUUCUUUUACUUGUCUGCAUAUGCUGGCGACGGCGCAGAAGAAGAAAGUACAAGAAGAAGAUGCAAACCACGCUGGUCGGUGAUGGCGUCAUGUUUGGCUCGCCACCUUCGACGUUACAACUCGAACCGUACGACAUGAAUGACGACGACGGUGGCAAUCAUCGCGACACCAUUACGCGAGAGAAUCCCAUCUGGGUAGACCCGUAUGACACGUGGCUGGAAAAGAGUGUCGACGGAUCGGGCGUAGCACUCAUUGACGAAGACGAAGACGAAGAAGACGAAGGUGACUACGAAAAAGACGAAGUUCUCGAUAGAGAGAAUCCUCUCUAUGAAUCACAAGAAAUAAAAAUGGAUAUGUUUGUCGACACCUCUGAUGUCGAGACGGAUGAUUUUGAAGGAGGCGACGGCAGCCAUGAUAAUCUCUUGGCGGCCGCAUUGGACGAACCGACCAACGUGACGACGACGGCGAUAUGAGGAAUGACUCACUCGACUAGACUGGCAUUUUCUGCUGUAUUGAUUGGUAAACUUACAGAUAUGACUUAUACACGUGUAUACUUGGUUGCUUUACAAGGUCGGGUGACAUGCACGGUACAUGUAUACUGUAACAUAUUGUGUUGAUGUGUUGUGUUGCUAUGAUGUGUAUACGAUAUUGUAGUGUGUUGGGAUUUGUCA